CGGCGCCUCUUCCAAGUACCGAAGUCUCAGCUGGCAGGCAAAGAGGAUGCCAAUAAAAGCACUCCGGACAACUGAGAAUAAUAAGCAACGUUAAAAAGGAAAGCAGCUCAAGCCAGAAAUCAAAAUAUUUUCUAUUUCGUUUAGAAAACCACAAAAUUCUUCUCCUUCCCCUGCAGGUGAUCAAGAAGAGAUUUCGAACUGAAUAAAAUAGAGUAUGCAGAACCCAAGGAUACAUUACAGGUAGUCCUCAACUUACACCAGUUCAUUUAGGACUGUCCAAAGUUACGGCGACACUGAAAAAAGUGACUUAUGACCCAUUUUUCACACUUAUGACUUUUGCAGCAUCCGCAUAGUCAUGUGAUUUAUAUUUUGAUGUUUGGCAGCUAACUCACAGUUAUGAUGGUUAUGACAUAGGAGAGAAGCCCUACAAAUGCUCCCAAUGUGGUGAGAAUGGCAACUAGGUGAUACAUUAGAGAACUCAUACCAGGGAGGAACCCUUUGAAUGCUCUGAUUGUGGGGAAAGUUUUGGUCAGAACUGUGGCCUGGUGAUACUCUAGAAGAUGUGCACAGAAAAGAAAUCAUAUGAGUGUCCUGAUUGUGGGAAAUUUUUCAGUGGGAAUUCCAAGUUGGUGAUUCACCAGAGGACUCACACAGGAGAGAAACCCUUUGAAUGUCCUGAUUGUGGGAAAUGUUUCAGUAAGAAUUCCAACAUGGUGAUUCACCAGAAGACUCACACAGGUGAGAAACCCUUUCAAUGUCAAGAUUGUGGGAAAUGUUUUAGUUUGAAUUCCUACUUGGUGAAACACCAGAGGACACACACAGGAGAGAAACCCUUUGAAUGUCCCGAUUGUGGGAAAUGUUUCAGUCAGAAUUCCCACCUGGUGGGACACCAGAGGACACAUACAGGUGAGAAACCCUUUCAAUGUUCUGAUUGUGGGAAACGUUUCACUAUAAAAUACCAGCUCAUGAAUCACCAGAGGAGUCACACAGGAGAGAAACCAUUUGAAUGUGUUCUUUGUAGGAAAAGAUUCAGUCAGAAUUAUCAGCUGAUGAUACAUCAGAGAACUCACACAGGAGAGAAACCAUUUGAAUGUGCUCUAUGUGGGAAAAGUUUCAGACAGAAUUCCCAGCUGGUGGUACACCAGAGGACUCAUAUAGGAGAAAAACCGUAUGAGUGUCAGGUUUGUGGGAAAAGUUUCAGUCACAAUUCCAAUUUGGUGAAACACCACAGGACUCAUACAGUAGGGAAAUCAUAUCAGUGUCCAUAUUGUGCUGAAAGUUUCAUUAAAAAAAUUCAGCUCACAAGUCACCAGAGGACACACAAACCCUUUGAAUGCUCUUUCUGUGGGAAAGGUUUCACUCACAAUUGCCGCCUGGUAAUACACCUGAGGACUCACACAGGAGAGAAACCGUUUGAAUGUCCUGUUUGUGGAAAAUGUUUCAUGAACAAUAACUACCUUAUGAUACACCAGAGGACUCACUUAGGAGAAAAACCCUUUGAAUGUCCAGAUUGUGAAAAACGUUUCAGUCACAAAUCCAGCCUGGUGACACACAAAAGAACUCACACAGCAGAGAAACACUUUGAAUGUCCUUAUUAUGAAAAACGUUUCAGUCAAAGUUCCAACCUGGAGAUAAACCAGAGGACUCACACAGGAGGGAAACACUUUGAAUGCCCUGAUUGUGGGAAAAGUUUCAUUAGAAAAUACCAGCUUAUUAGGCACCAGAGGAUACACACAGGAUAUAAACCUUUUGAAUGUCCUGUCUGUGGGAAAGGUUUCAGUCAGACUUCCAGCCUGAUGACACACCAGAGGACUCACACAGGAGAGAAACCAUAUGAGUGUCCUGUUUGUGGCAAAAGUUUCAGUCAGAAUUCUAACAUGGUGACACACCAGAGGACUCACAACGGAGAAAUACCAUAUUAGUGUCUUGUUUGUGGCAAAAGUUUCAGUCAAAAUUCCAAUAUGGUGAUACACCAGAGGACUAACACAGGAGAGAAACUCUUUAAAUGCCCUGAUUAUGGGGAAAGUUUCAUCAGAAAUAUCCGUCUCAUGAGACACCAAAGA